GACUUGUCAAGAAAGAGCAGACCGGAACUGCGAUACUACAUAUUUUGCUGAGGGGAUUGUGUUCCCUUUCCCCCACCGCACUUCCCAGCUAAACGACACAUCGCCACAUAAUUACAGCAAACAUGUGUUUCGGUAGCAAGAAUGACGCCGGCGAGGCCGAGGCACCUCGACCCGCCCAGACCCAGCAACUGCAUGGCGGCCAGAAGAGGGCGAGUCUGCCUCCCCAGUACCUCCAGCAGCAGCAGCAGCAGCAACAACCGCAGUUUCAGCAGGCGCCGAGUCACGAGUAUGCUCCUCCUGCCGGCCCCCCUCCAUCCCAAAGACCUCCGGGGAUCUCGGGGGUUGACGACUUUGCUCCGCCGCCGGGCCCGCCUCCAGGCCCGAGGCCAGGGGACGACUUUGCUGCCCCUCCGGGUCCUCCGCCGGGUCCAAGACCCGCGAUGCCUGGCGAUGAUUUCGCUCCCCCUCCUGGACCUCCCCUGUCACAGAGACCUCCGGUUGAUGACUUUGCUCCACCACCUGGACCUCCCCUGGUUACUUCCACCAGACCCGGGGACGACUUCGCUCCUCCUCCGGGACCACCCCCUUUCCGUGGGCAAACAGGCGGUGACGACUUUGCCCCCCCUCCCGGACCACCUCCCGGCCACGGAGCCCCGGCUGGGCAGGACUUUGCCCCUCCCCCCGGCCCUCCCCCGUCUCACAACAUGAGCUAUAUGGCACCACCGCCUGGCCCACCGCCGGGUCACAACGACAUGAGUUACAUGGCGCCACCACCCGGCCCGCCGCCAGCUGACAAGCCGAAGCAUGACUGGGAGGCCGUCGUGCCGGAUACAUCGCUCUUCCCGCCGCCGCCCAGCUUCUUCUCCGGCUUUGACCGCUCCCCCGCCAACAACGCCACCGAAGCCGAGGCCGAGGCCGGCGAGCAAUGGUGUGCCCAGCACCCGCUGACCGCGCCCAUCAGCCUGGAUGGCCCGGCCGUCAACGCGCUCAACACGCACAACCCGCGCAUGAUGCAACCCGACCUGUACCGUGGCAUCCUCGCCUGUGUCGCGCCGGGUGUCUGGCAGGGGAGCACCGACUCGAGCGCAGCCGACUCCACCAUCAUCGCCUACCCUCCCCUCUACACCGUCACGCUGCACUCCCCACUCGCACCCACCAACCCCACCCGCAGCAAGACCAUCUACUACGAAGUGCAACUCACGCACGCCAACCCGUCCCGGGAGAUCCAAGUGGCCAUGGGCUUCACGGCGCUGCCGUACCCCUCCUUCCGCAUGCCCGGCUGGCACCGCGGCUCGCUGGCCGUGCACGGCGACGACGGCCACAAGUUUAUCAACGACCGCUGGGGCGGCAAGGCCUUCACCGCGCCCUUUGCCCGCGGCGACCGCCUCGGCGUGGGCAUGACCUUCCGCGACGUCGGUGGCCGGAUCGACACCGAGGUCUUCUUCACGCGUGGUGGGCAGGAGGUCGGGCGCUGGAACCUGCACGAGGAGACGGAUGCCGAGGAGGACUUGCCCGUUACGGGGCUCGAGGGGUAUCAUGACCUCAGCUGUGCCGUGGGGACGUGCGGGCAGACCGGGUUUGAGGUGCUGUUUGAUCCGGCGAGGUGGAUGUAUCGGCCGGCGGGGUAUUGAUAGACUCGCCGGGGGAGGUUUGCCACUAGGGACUGUAUGUGAUAUCUGGGGUUGAUUUGGGGUGGGCGAGGUUCUUCCUUCCUUUCAAAGAGAGCGAUUGCUUGGCCUUGGGCCUGUGACUGUCGUAG